AUGAAAAUGAUGGCCAGUCGUAACUCACUGUGGGUGCUGCUGUUUAUAGUGAUCUUCUUGGUCUCCUUUACAGUUUUCAGAAACCCUCCAGAGUUGUGGGUGACGUUCAAGUUGCCUGUGUCCUUCAAUCGCUGGAACUCGGUCAUGAACUCCUCAUGCCCUACAGUGCCUCUGAACCCACCAGUUUCACCAAAAGAGACAGAGCUGAGAGUCAAGGAAGUCCUAGAGAAACUAGACAAGCAGAUUCCUCCCAGGCCCUUCCCCCACCUCAACACCACCACCAGCGCCACACACAGCAUAGCCACCAUCCUCAAGCCUCGAGACAAGUACUGCGUGGGGGACCAGCUGCAUGUGCUGCUGGAGGCUAGGGAUUACCUGGGACGCAGAAAGGAAUAUGGUGGGGACUUCCUGAGAACCAGGAUGUCCUCCCCAGCCCAGAAGGCAGGCGCCUCCGGAAAGGUGACAGACUUCAACAAUGGCACCUACCUCAUCAGUUUCACUCUGUUCUGGGAGGGCCAGGUCUCCCUGUCUGUCCUUCUCAUACACCCCAGUGAAGGAGUGUCAGCUCUCUGGAGAGCAAGGAACCAAGGCUAUGAUAGAGUUACCUUCACUGGCCAGUUUGUCAAUGGUGCCUCUCAGGUCCACACUGAAUGUGCCCUGAUCCUAAACUCAAGUGUCAAGCUGUGCCAAUACCUGGAUGCCCAGGACCAAGAAGCUUUCUACUGUGUGAAGCCUCCAGAUGUUCCCUGUGCUGCCCUUACCCACAUGCACUCGAAGAACAAGGAUGUUUCCUAUCUUAGCCAGCAGGAGAAGAGCCUCUUUGUAAGGUCAAAUAUAGGUGUGGAGAUUAUGGGAAAAUCCAAUGUGAUUAGUGUCUCCAAAUGCAACACGGCUCCAAUGAAAGAGAAAUGCAAGUUCGGGAUGGCAUCUGUAACCCCUAGUGGGUAUGUCUGGAAGAACACCUGGAAUCCGGCCUCCUGCAGUUUGGCUCCCAUCAAAAUCAAAGACUGCCUGCGAGGAAAAUUCAUCCAUUUAAUGGGUGACUCCACACUCCGCCAGUGGAUGGACUACUUCAAAAGCAUAGUCAACACACUGAGGUCUGUAGAUCUGCAUGAGAUUGGAAAACUGAAACACCAACUUGCUGUGGACUUGGAUGAGAAAAUCAACAUCCAGUGGCAAAAACAUGGUUACCCCCUUAUUGGAUCAUUGGUCUACUCUGUUAAAGAAAUAGAGAACAUUGCACGGAUAAUUGACAGAACUGGAGGAGAGAAAAACACAGUCAUCGUCAUUUCUCUGGGCCAGCAUUUCAGACCUUUUCCCAUUGAUGUUUUCAUCCGAAGGGCUGUCAAUGUUCACAGAGCUCUUCAGCGUCUUCUUCUGAGAAGCCCAGAUACUAUGGUUGUCCUCAAAACAGAAAACAUCAGGGAGUUGAGCAGUGAUGUGGAAAGAUUUAGUGACUUCCACGGUUACACCCAGUAUCUUGCCUUAAAGGAUAUUUUCCAGGAUCUCAAUGUGGGUGUCAUUGAUGCCUGGGAUAUGACAAUUGCAUAUGGCACAAACAAUGUCCAUCCACCACAGCAUGUAGUCGGAAGUCAAAUUGAUAUAUUCUUAAAUUAUAUUUGCUAGGGAACACACAACUCUGAAAGUCACUCAGUGAACUUAAAAGAUACAGUGAAUCCUGCUGGCAUGACAAAUGCCAGGAUGUCCCUGGACAUAUUAUCAAGAAGAUAAUCUGUACUAUGGUCCACCCAGUUCAACCUAAAAAGCCAUUCCUACACUGGGUUUCUGCUUAAAGUUGAAGCUCAAAAGAAUCAGUGAAAGAUUUGACCUUUUUAUUAGAGUCAUGUUGCUCUUUAUCAGUUGGCAGUUAGGAUCCUUGUGAUGAGACCUCCCUGUUGCUAUGAAUUCAAAACGAUGAAGUAAUUUUGAUAAAAUUCUUAAAGGGUCUUUGAUUCGAUUUGUAAAUAUUUUGUCAAUAAUUUUUAUAUUCGUUGUCAUCAUGGAAAUUGAUCUGUACUUUUAUUUCUUGGUCAUAUCUCAGAAUUUGACAUCAGGCCAAAACAGAUUUCAA